AUGGAGAGUGACUUGUCAGUCUUAUGUGAGGGCCUGAAACUGACGGAAGAGGAGCAGCAGGAGGUGGAGGUCAGUAAUGAAGAUGUGAUCAGUUCAGAAUCAAAGAGUAAACAUUGUUUCAUGCUGUGUGUGGCUUCUGAUAAGGAAGUGAAUAGAGGUGCAUUUAGAAGUACCAUGGCACUAGUGUGGCAAGUAGAAGGUAAGGUAGUCUUCAAGGAAGUAGGAAGAAAUAAAUUUCUGGUGGAGCUAAAGGAGAGGGAUGAUAAAAAGAGAAUAAUGCAGGGUCGUCCCUGGUCUUUCAACAAGAAUUUAAUCUGCAUACAGGACUGUGAAGGAUUUGAGUCCUGGAAGGUAAUGAAGCUCCAAUAUGAACCUUUCUGGGUGCAAUGCCAUGACCUUCCAUUUGCAGGGAUGAACGCUAACACUAGUUUAAACCUGGGCAAAGCAGUGGGAGAGGUUCUUAAAGUGGAUACAGAUAGCAGUGGAGUCUGCUGGGAGAGUUUCCUAAGGAUCAAAGUAAUGAUAGAUCUCACAAAGCCUUUGGCGAGAGGGAGGUUUCUAAAUCUGGGUAAUUCAAAAUAUUGGAUUCCUUUCAAGUAUGAAAAAUUACCAAACUUUUGUUAUCACUGUGGGAAGAUCAAACACGCUCACGGAAUGUGCGACAAACUCGAUAGAGGAAAUGCUAGUUUGGAAGAUUUCAGUCAACAGUACGGUGCUAGUUUAGAGACUUUGUCCAAGUACAAUAGAAUAUCCAUAACUCAACGAAGUGAGAGUAUGAAAAGGUAUUGA